GUAUAUCUGAUCGAGAUAUCGAGGUAAAAGACGUCGUGACGCGAUAUACGUCCCCUCUUCUCUCUCGGAAGAUUCUACGCAAUAGUAACACAUCGUCGGACAACGUCGAGCGAGGAAAACGGAAAAAUCGUUGGAAAUCGUUGGUCGUGAUGGUGAACGGUGCCGUACUCUGUCACGGACGUAGUCGAAUGUGUUUCCGGUCGAACGAAGGAAAAUAACGACGAGGAUGUCGUAGUCCGAACGGGAGACAGCGUUUCCCGACGCACUCGAAUGACGACGUCAGCAGCAGCGUCGAAAAUCGUUUCGCGACAGGUGGUGAAUACCGACGGCAAUAUGACCGACAGGAUCACGUAGUGGCGCGUGGCGUGUCGAACGACACGGAACUUCCCUCCCUGAGCCGUUGGUACCGAAGAACAACCCUGCGAAUACUUUGAACGCGUCGACGCGGAGAGGAUUUUCGUCGACGAAACGGCUCUGAUUGGAUCCAUCGAAAAGGAAAUCCAACUUGCCAGACAUGUCGGGACGACGUCACGGUCGAAUCGACGCGGGAUCAGCUGGCAUCGAUUCGGUGUAAAAACGCGUUGAAAACGUAAUCCUGACAGAGAAAAAGAGAAAGAGAAAGAGAGAGACAAGAAGCAAAGGGUGGUUCGAGAGGAGAGGCGCAAAAUGGGAGCAACGAAAUUCCUGUUGGGAAGCGCCGUUCUAGGACUCUUAUGGAGCUGCUUGUUCAAGGGUGCCCUGACUAAUUCGACCAGCAGGUGCGACUAUCCUCCCUGCUACUGCGAUCAUCACGGCAGGCUGACCUGUGACUGUAAGGACGAGGGAGAGGAACUGGUGUUGACCACGGAGGGCGAGCGAAAACUGAGCCCUCACACGAGCAGGAUAGUGGUGGGCAAUUGUAGCUCGGUGAUCCUGUCGAAUUCCAGUCUAGCCUCGAUGAUUGGCCUCCGUUCGGUCGACCUGAUCAACGUGGCUAAUCUGAGCCUGGUCAGGCAAAGUUUCGAGCUGUCGCCGCGCAGUACACGCACGCGAAUCUCCGUGAGAAAUUGCAGCAUCGACUCGAUGCCAAGUUUCGUAUUCCGCGGCGACGUGGAGGCGAUCAGUUUCGAGAACGUGAGGAUCGGUCAAUUGAGCGCGUUCUCAUUCGCUAAUUUACUGCACACGGACACUUUGAGGCUGGAGAACUGUCGCAUAGAGAGCAUGGAAGCGCAAGCGUUCAAGAAAUUCGACGUGGGCUACCUGCACGUGAUCGGGGGCAGUUUCGGCGACCAAGUGCCCAGCAGAACCAUGAACGACAUAGAGGUCUACCACAAAUUCAUGCUGGACGGGGUGAAGAUGGGCACGGUGAGAAGCGAGGCGUUCAUCGUGAGAAGUCCUCGAACGGUGGCGAUACAAAACUGCGCGAUGGAGAGUUUGGAGAGCGAAGCGUUCGACGUGACCGCUCGAGGAGCGGUGAUCCUGAAGAACAACAGCUUCGGCAGCCUAGCCGUAGGCGCGUUCCUCGGCAUACGAGCGGACCCCGAGGCGAGAACCGUCUCUCUACCGCUCAAUCUCCACGACCUGAUCUUCAAGAACAACAGCGUGGUGAACUUCGAAGAGGGCUCGAUGAUGUUCGACCGUAGCAGCUUCCGUCUCGAGUUGGACAACCUGUUGGUCGAGAAGCCUUGCGACUGUCAGAUGUUGCCCGUAUGGAAGAACAACGUUCUCAAUUACACGAACGUGUACACGAGGUUCUACAGCAGACAGAACUCCGUCUUACCGCCCACGAUGACGCCGCAGGACUCGAUCAACGAGACCCCGGAGACGUUUCUCUGUUACGACGGCGAGGUGGACGGUGUGCCGAUCGGUUUCGUUGAAUACGAGACUCGGCAUUGUUCCCUCGGCGGAUCGAUACUAGUCUUUAUACUGAUCGUCGCCGGUCUACUCGUGUUCCUGAUAGUUCUCGCCUGUCUGAUCGUCUGGUGCUGCAGGAGGCGUCGACGUAACGGCAGAAAGAAAUGGAUCAGCGUGCCGACCAACGCGCCGGACGUGGUCUCGAAGAAGAACGGGGUGAUCGGCAGAGAAACGGCCGCCUCCGCGGCACCGGUCGACAGCCGGAUAACUAUGGUGGUGCCGGACGGUAGGCUGUACAGGGAGACGGAGUUCCACGUGAUCGUGGAGAAGGCCGAACCAUUGACUACCGAAUUGUAACGAGAAGCUCCGCGCGGUUCCACGAGGACCGCGGUAGCUCGACUCGAAGAGCAACACGAUCAAGAGGAAUUCCAGCGAUUCGCCGGUUCGAGCCGUUUUCGCGUGUACAAGCUGUGAACGAACGGGACACGAUCGUCACCGAUGCGUGACGGACACGUGCAACCGACCCUCUUCUCGCUACCAGAGCACAGAACGACUUGUGUAACCAGUGUAAAGUGCGACUAUGUCGUCAGUGCUGAUUAAGCCACUUUCCUCCUGGUACCUCGACACUUUUCCCGUGUUCAGUGCUUGGAAUGAGAAUAUAGAAUAGAGGACUCGAUCUCGAGAAACCGUUGUUUUCCAUUUAAUAUCCUUCUUAGAGUACAACAAGCCAGUUCGUAAGCUUCCAUUUUACAUAUCAGCAACAGAAGCAUCGAUUAUCCUGACGCUUUCGUGUCUUUCUAUUGUAAGAGACGUUCUAUUCUAUGUUUCCUCGCGUCUGUCGAUCGAGAUCACGCGUACGGAUAAUCGAGGCGCGUUGUUAAUCAAACCGACGGUGUUAAGUAGUAUCGCAAAGGGAAAAGGAAGAAUAGUGUCGUCGAUUGGACUCGAAACUUUUGUCGAGCCGAUACGAGAGACGAGGAGAGAAGAAAAUUAGAAGACUUGGGGUGAUAAAAAGGAACAAGAGAAGCUCUUGAACUCUGGCUGACUCGUGUAAAGUACACGAGUACGAUCGGGCUUACUUGCUUCCAAGUUUAUCGAUCAGACAACAAACUAAUCGACGUCGUAGCGUCUUGUGUUGAUUAACGUUUCGAACGAGACUAGUUUAACCGAAGAAAGACAGUGCCAUUCCUGUACAAACGUCUGUUCGAUGAAAAAGAACUCGAUCUUUUCGAAUAUUCAAUUCUAAAACGAAACGAGAGAACAUUGUUCGCUUCCAAAAUCAAUACGUGUGUAUGUGCGUACGUGUACGUGUGUGUGUGUGUGUGUGUGUUCGACUCUAAUUGCGAAUUUCUUUUUCAUUGUGCUUGUAACAGAAUAAAACGAUAUCACCUGACACUCCUUGACAAUACGGAACAUGAAAUUGAACGCGAUUCGAUCGAUCGGGUAGAUUUUUUAGAACAGAGGAAAAAAAGAGGCCAGCCGCGAGAAGAAAAUCUUAUUAGCGUUUCAUUAGCGUUUCACCCCCGGUUCCCGCUGGGAGAGAUAUUCCGUUCGAUGUAAAACCGAGGCUCGAAUAUUCGGAACGUUCGUUCACAUUGUAAUUUAUUUCACUCCGAUCGCGUUUUAUUUAUGAGCUUCCGACUUUGCCAAUAAAUUGUUAUUGUUAUCAUUCCGAUCAGUAUCUAAUUUUGACGAAUGCACGUGUAAAUCGUGAAAUUACGUCUUUUUAACGCGUUCUCUACUACAUGGGUUACCACUGUGACCAAAUCUAUUCAUCAGGUAAGUCUGAAUAUAAUUUCUACAGUUUUUAAACAAUUAUUUAUGAAUAACUGAUUGCGAACACAUAGACAAAAUCAGAAUCGGAGUACCAAUGAAUCUCGCGCGCGUACGGGAAUCCACGAGAUGGUGGAAUUUCGAGAAACGAGGAAACUAGGAAGCGAACGUUCGUGCAGCCGGUCGUUUCGUGUUCUAAAAGUACAAUACGAGUACCGUAAACGACGCUUUGUCCCCCGCAUGUGCAGCUAUCUCGCGCACGUGUGAGCCAUGCAUUAUUGAUGCAGCCGCCACUUGCUCUUCUAACGACUCUCGCGCGGAAGGCGCGCCAUCCUUUCUUUUCUUUCCUUUCAUCCCCCGGGCGGCCAGCAGAAAUUGGUCCUCCUAGCUGCUCGAGAUUAUUCAGCGACCUUUUCCUACUCCCGUUGCCUCGGGCAGCACGGCCAAUUAGAGUGAACACGCGAAAAGAAACGAAACUUGGAUGACCAACUGAUCCAUACGGCGCUCGACGCGGUCCAGUAUGUACACACGUAUGCAAUUAUCGUACCAACGGUGACAAACGAUGAUGAUUAAUAAGGACAGUUUAGUUGUAAUUAUCGUGAGACUGUGAUAUAACGACAGCCGAUUGUGUAUAAUUUGUUUUACAUCGAACGUCGAAGGAGAUAAUAAAGAAAGAUCAGUUCAAGA